AUGCCUUCUGACUUCAACGAAUCACGUCGGUUAACUACUAAGGUUCCUCACGGAGGAGCUGCGACGGAGCAACAAGAACAGCUUCCUUGUCCUCGCUGUGAAUCAACCAACACAAAGUUCUGUUACUACAACAACUACAACUUCUCUCAGCCUCGCCAUUUCUGCAAGUCUUGCCGCCGUUACUGGACUCACGGAGGCACUCUCCGUGACAUUCCCGUCGGAGGCGUUUCCCGCAAAACCUCUAAACGCUCCCGAGCUUUCUCCUCCGUCGCCGUCGGAAGCCGGAACUUCCCGUUACAAGCGACGCCUGUUCUUUUCCCUCCUUCCUCCAACGGUGGCGGUAAGGGAAACACGCCCUCGCCCUACGGCGGUUUCACCACUUUGCUCAGCAACAACGCCGCCGUGAGCAGAGAUGGGCCUGGUGGUGGUUUUAAUGGGCUGGAAGGGUUUGGACUUGGGCUUGGUCAUGGGUCGUAUUUCUUCGAUGAUGUUAGGUUUGGGCAAGGGAUAACGGUCUGGCCGUUUUCCACUGGAGCUACUGAUGCUACAGUAGUUGCUACAGGCCAUGCGGCUCCGGUACACGGGACGUGGCAGUUGGAUGGUCUUGAGAGUAAGGUCGGGUUCGUGGCUGGAGACUACUUAGCGUGA